UCACACGCUGUUUCCCGUCAUGCUUUUCUUCGCUUCCAAUUUCAGCUUCGCCUUUUCUGUAUCUCCGCCAUUUCACUAGCCAAAGGAGUCUAGACUGAACACUGACAACGCAACAACAACACCACGAUUGAGUAGCGACUCUCGUUGUUUUUACGACCCUAAACCCUGUUUGUCUGUAUCUAGAUCUAGUCUGAGUGGUUUAGAGCAGUUUAAUCGGAUAAACGAGGAGGACAGCGGACAUCUGAAGGCAAAAUGUCGACCGAGGUUAAAUCAGAGAAGCCAGAGAAACAAGAACAAGGAAAUGCAGUAAAUGGCAAAUCCAGCAAUGAGUCGAGGAAGGAGAGGCCCCAGAAGCGCGGUGGCGGGGGACGGUUUGAACCUUACGGAAACCCCAACAAGAGAUACCGUGUGUUUGUCAGCAACAUUCCUUAUGAUGUUAAAUGGCAAACUCUGAAAGAUCUCAUGAAGGAAAAAGUGGGUGAGGUAACGUACGUGGAACACUUAAUGGACGGAGAAGGCAAAUCAAGGGUAAGUGCAAGAGUCGAACCUCCAUUUGUCCGCUUGAGUUCUUACAUAAUCUCUUAGAUUUUAAUGUGGGAUGUUCAGGACUGGGUUGAGAGUUCAAAAUGUGUUGUCUUGGGUGGCAUUUGAACUAAAACGGACGCCGACUGCGGCUCUGAGUGGAACCGCAGGGAUUGUUUCCCAGCUAUAUUGUAAUUCUGGUUCUCGUGUGUUUAAGAGGUAGUAUUUUUUUUGCAUUGGGAUUCUUAUUACGAAACAUGGAUAACAUGGCCUCAAUGAUUUGAGCGACUCAACUAGUGGGAUAACAACAGAAAUGGAUCCUGAACUGAAGGCCGGUUGUGUAUUCUGGGUGUCAAUUAAUCCUGUUUUGAGUCUGAAUGUAAUUUUGUAAAGUAUGCACCAGGGCUGUCACUUUUAGUUGUGCGAAAAAUCGAUUGCACAAUUGAUCGGACCAACCAAAAAAAGUUUCGAAAAUGAAAAUAGGCAAUCGAUUUAAACCAAAUAUGUACACAAUUAAUUUAAAAAUAAUUAAACAAUUAAAAAAUAUAGAUGUAACAUAACUCACAAACAAGCAGAAAAAGAAAAUAAAGAAUUCUGAAAGUGCAGUAUGCCUUGCGAAAGCUAGACAGAAAAUACCAGCGAUUUUACGCGCCUGUAAGAUCCAGUGACGUCGAAAGCGACCUCUUAUGCUGUGUUCACACCAAACGCGAAUAGAGUGGUCUGGCGCGAAUGAUUUCAAUGUUAAGUCAAUGUAGACACGUUUACACGCGUCUGGAGGUCUUGAGGCGCGGUAGACAUGAAUUUGCCUCAUUCGCGCAUCUAGUUACAGGAGAUUCUGAGUUAUGAAAAGGACCAUUGCAAGCUGACAGCGACCUGAUUUUGUGGUGGAAAAUUGGCAGUAAUACCCCCACCUUGCGCAGCCGUACCUGAGUGUCCCUGGGACAUCAGUGCGGUCGGAGCGCGUCUUCUCAACAGCUGGACAUAUAGUGACUAAAAAACGCUCUGCUCUGGACCCCGAAAAUGUUGAUCUACUUGAUUUCCCUGUCCAAUAAAUUUAUAAUGGCCAUAGUCUUUAAUUAUGCCUGUCUAGUGCCGCCUAGCCUAAGUGUCAAUUGCGUUCAAUAAAAAAAAACACACAUGGCCUGUUCUCAAGUCCAUUUAAAGUUUCAUUUUUUUGAACAGUUGUUUGAAAUGGAUUGAAUCAUUAUUUGAAAUAAUCUUUGAGAUUUUUGAAUUGCCUAAAUCAUAAAUGCAGCCGGGUUGAAGCCUGCGUGAUGUUUUUAUUUUAUGGCAGCCGUCCUCUCUGCAGAUAUAUUUUUUAGAGAAUGUUGCUCUCCUGUUGCUGUUUACUGUUCUCCACGAUACUUCAUGCCAAUAAAGAAGAAAUAUUGCUGACUUGUGCGUUUCCAGCGCUCUCUUUACGUUCGUCCGUUAUUUGACGUUCAAAAAGGAAACGUCUUUUUUUUUAGACAUGGAAAAUCGAUUUUACAAUCGAUUCGAUGAAGACAUGUCUUAAAAAUCGAAAAUGAUUUUUUCACAGAAAUGACAGCCCUAGUAUGCACUAAGUGAAUACCACAGAGAAGUAUCAUAUGAAUAUUCUUAAUCAAUUUAGUGUGUCUGAAGUGUUUUUCCUGAGUCAGUUGUCAGUGAUUUUUUUUUUUUUUUGUUGUUGUUGUGGCUUUUGUAUAAUUGUCUUUUAUUCCUGCUUUGUUUGUUUGUUCAUCCUGGCUGGUGUGAUGACUGAACAAAGGGUUGUGCGGUGGUUGAGUUCAGAACUGAAGAGCUCAUGAAAAAGGCUGCAGAGAAAGUCAACAGACAUGUCAUGAACGGUCGUCGUCUCAAGGUCAAAGAGGAUCCAGAUGGAGUGAUUGCCCAGCUUGAAGCUAAUCGUGGUCAUGGUGGUGGUGGACCCCCUGGCAUGGGUGGAGGCAUGGGUGGAGGCAUGGGUGGAGGCAUGGGAGGAGGCAUGGGAGGAGGCAUGGGAGGAGGCAUGGGAGGAGGCAUGGGAGGAGGCAUGGGGAUGGGCCCAGGGCCUGGCGGUCCUUCAAUGGUCAAUAUCCCUCCAAGUCUUAUGAACAACCCCAACAUUCCCAAUGAGAUCAUCCACGGACUCCAGGCUGGAAAAAUCGGAAGCACCAUUUUUGUGGCCAAUCUGGACUACAAGGUUGGAUGGAAGAAGCUCAAGGAGGUGUUUGGAAUGGCUGGAGUGGUUGUGCGUGCAGAUAUCCUGGAGGAUAAAGAUGGGAAAAGCAGGGGAAUGGGAACGGUCACAUUUGACAUGCCCAUUGAAGCGGUUCAAGCAGUCUCCAUGUUCAACGGACAGCUUCUCUUCAAUAGGGUCAUGCACGUCAAACUGGAUGAGAAAUCUCUUCCCAAAGGUGACUUUGCACCCCCUGACCAUCCUCCAGCACUUCCUCGUGGUCUGAGUGGUAUUGGUCUCGGCCUGGGACCCGGCGGUCAACCCAUUGACGCUACCCAGCUCAACCGGGGUGGGAUGGGCAACAUGGGACCAGGAGGAAUGGAUGGAUUGGGAUUUGGUGGCAUGGGUAGAAUGGGAGGAAUGGAUAAUUUCGGUGGUGGUAUGAACAACAUGGAUCGUUUUGGACCCUCUGGAAUGGGUCGAAUGAAUGAUAUGGAUCGUGGAAUCGGCGGUGGUUUUGAUCGAGAUUUUGGUGCCCGUAAUGACAUGGGUAUGUCACGUAGCAACUUCGGAGAUGCUUUUGACCGAGGAAUGGGAAACUCCAUGGGAAUGGAUCGCAUGAAUUCUGGCAUGGACAGGCUUGGAGGUGGCAUUGACCGCAUGGGAGGACCGGACCGGAUGGGGAUGGAUCGCAUGGACCGUAUGCCUGAUCUGGACCGGUUGGGAUCCGGUUUUGACCGCAUGGGUUCAGGAAUUGACCGACUGGGGCCCAGUAUGGAUCGACUGGGAUCAGGCCUUGACCGUAUGAGCUCCAGCGUGGACCGCAUGGGCCCUGGUGGGUUUGACCGCUUGGGGACAUCCGGCAUGGAUCGCAUGACUGGCGGGAUGGACUUUGCCUCCCCUAUAGGCAUGGACAGGAUGAACCCUGGCCUUGACCGAAUUGGUUCAAACUUUGACCGCAUGGGCGCAGGUGGCAUGGACCGCUUCCCCUCCUCAGGUCUUGACCGCAUGGGUUCCAGCAUGGACCGUAUGGGCUCUGGUGGCGUCGGUGGGCAGUUUGAUAGACCGGCUGAUAUGGAUCGUGCCAAUUUCGGGACUCCUUUCAGUGGGUCUGGACAAGGAGGGCCAGGAGCUGGUGGAGCCAAUGUCAGGAAGGGAUGCCAGAUUUUUGUCAGAAAUCUGCCCUUUGACUUCACCUGGAAGAUGUUGAAGGACACUUUCAAUUCAUGUGGCAUCGUGCAGUAUGCAGAUAUAAAGAUGGAGAACGGCAAGUCCAAGGGCUGCGGUGUGGUGCGCUUUGACAAUCCUGAGACUGCCGAGCGAGCCUGUCGUACCAUGAACGGCUACCGGCUCAGCGGACGAGAGAUUGAUGUCAGGAUUGACAGAAAUGCAUAAUUGUCUCUUUUGUCUUCCUAUUCCUUCCACUCCCCUCCAUGGUUUCCAAAUUACUUGUCCAUUACAUAUUUGUACUUGUGCCGAAAUGGUACGCUUUUAGUUAUGCUUAUGACUUUUAGAGACCAAUUUUUUUUUUCUCUCUUUUUAUUGUGAUGCUUUCCAAGUAAUUGCCUUUGUUAAAGGUUUGCUAAUAAAUCUCAUCAUUGAGAAUCAA